AUGUCACGCGCGCACAACCUCACCAUACCGAUAAAUAAGGACGCUGCCAUACCGAGCGGGCCCAACACCCCUGUCUUUGAUCUGCUGCCGAGUCCUGCGCUGCAAGCUAAUCUCCAGCCGAUGUCUCUUCCCCGAGUCGCGGAGCCGCACACGCCGGACGUCUCCGGUCUCUCGAUCGGGCUGGCGCUUACGCCUCCGUCCGUGACGGGCAAGCGUGUGCGCGAGGAAGACUGGCACCCCGCUGAGCUCGAUAUACUCAAGAUGAUCCUAGCGCGACCGCCUAGGGACGAUCUGCACUACCCUCCCGGGGCCUUGCCGCCGCCAGACGUGCUCGACGAGCUGGCAACCUUCAUCAUCGUGACGUACCGGCACGCCUCUGUCGCCAUGGAGGACUCGUCCGAACCCUCUCCCUCCGGACUGCCGCGCUCCGAGUCCGAGUCGGACAUGUCGGACGACGCCGACGCCUCCUUCUCAACAGACAGCGGAUAUCCCCUCCGCGCCGAGGGCUGGCCGCACACGUGGGAGGAGACGCGACUGAUGUUGACCCACCUGGCGCUGGAGGACACGCGCUGGGCAGCCGACAGGGACCACACAAAGCUGAGCCGGAAGGAACGCCUCGCACGGCGCAACCAGCUGAAGCGGACCGACUCGCGCGACUCGCUCUCCGAGUUGAGCGGGAGCGAGUCGGACCUCGAACGCCGCGAGCGGGAGAAGCUCUCGCGCGCCCAGCGGCUCAGCAACACGCUGCAGGCGAGUGCGCGCGAGCCCUCUGCCCCGCAGGCGCCACCCCCUCUCUCGCGCGCCGUGAGCCUCGGUGGGCCCUCGUCAGCGCCACAGUCCCGCCCCGUGCCGACGCACUCGCAGGGCGCCCUGGGUCUCGGCGGCCUAGGCCUGGGCAUGCCCAUGCGCCGCGGCGGGACGCGAGUCGAAGCGCGACCGAGGCAGGAGUAA